AUGUCUACGACACUAUUUGACGAUAUCUUUCAGGUCACCGAGGUGGAUCAGGGCCGGUAUAACAAAGUCUCGCGAAUUGAGUCCCAUUCCACCUCGCAAGAGUUCCAGCUCACUCUGGACAUCAACACCGAGCUUUUCCCUGUGCGUGUCAACGACUCUCUCACCGUGAUGAUUUCUUCGAGUUUGUCGCUCGACGGUGCCGAAAACGUCCAAACAGGCUCUUGGAGGGCACCACAGCCUGGCGAAAGAUCGUUGGCAGACGACUACGACUAUGUCAUGUACGGAACUGCGUACAGAUUCGAGGAAGUAGCCGGCAAAAAGGACUUGAUUGCCGUGCACUACUCUUUCGGCGGUCUAUUGAUGCGUUUGGAGGGCAACUACCGUGGUCUGAGCAACUUGAAGCAAGAAAAUGCUUACCUUUUGAUCCGUCGUUGA